AUGCUACGACUAAUUACAAUUGAACAAUUUGGUAUGACAAAAGCAAGCGAAGAACGCGUGGUGAAAAUUUCAUUAACAAAUAAUAAUGGAAUGAAAAUUGAAUUAUUAAAUUAUGGUGCAAUAUUAAUGAGUGCUUUGGUGCCCGACCGUAAUGAUAUUCUACGAGAUAUUGUGCUUGGAUUUCGAACACUGCAAGAAUAUGAAUCGGAUGCUUACAAUAUUGGUGCAAUAAUUGGUCGUGUUGCUGGACAUAUAAGUAAUGGAAAAUUUGCAGUGGACAGUCGAGAAUAUGAACUUGGCCUAAAUGCGCCACCACAUCAUAUGAAUGGCGGUAGACGAGGAAGUUUAUCGAAAAAAUUAUGGAAUUAUGAAUUAUUAGAUGAAGGAAAUGGUGUAUGUUUCACAUGUAUUAGCCAUGAUGGCGAAGGAGGAUAUCCAGGACAGGUGCAUUUAGAGGUUACAUAUAUAUUAACAAAUGAAAAUGAAAUAAUAAUUGAUUAUCGAGCUUCAACUAAUAAAUCAACAAUAUUAAACAUCGCAAACAAUGCUUAUUUCAACUUAAAUGGCGAGGGAAAGUCGUCAUUAAACGAUCACAUUAUACAAUUGUGCACUCCAAAUUAUCUUCCAGCAGAUGAGAAUGGUUUUGCAACAGAUUUAUUGGAUAAUGAUAACAAUCAGUUAGAUUACAAUCACGAUUUCUGUUUUGAAAUAGAUGAAUUAAAUACAUCUCGGAAAAUUCGACAUAUUGCCAGUGUCGCAUCUACUUCAAGUGGCAUUAAGAUGACAGUUUCUACGACAUAUCCAUGUGUACAUGUUAAUAUGGGUUCCUGGUUGAAUAAUCUUACCGGUAAAGCGAAUCACGUUUACGAACGUUAUUCGGCUUUCACGUUACAAUGUCGCGGUCUAAGUGAUGCAAUAAAUCAACCACACUUUCCCACAAUUAUUUUACGACCGGAUGAACUGUACCAACAUCUUACUGUUUAUCGAUUUGGACUUGUUGACGAAUAA